AUGCGUUUUUUCGAUGGACUUAUUCUAAGUGGCCUGCUUUCGGUGUCAUGGGUCGAGGCAUCUGCCAACGCACCCCGUCUAGAUAUCAACAAUAUCAAUCAGUUAAAGGCAGCGACACGUAUGGCUAUGAAGAAUCUUAUGUCUUACUACACCCCCAACUCACAAGGUAUUUUUAACGAGAAACAAAUGCCUUGGCACGAAUCGGGUAUGGUCUGGGAUUUGAAUUUCGAUUACGCCAAGUGGACCGGUGACACCCAAUUUUUGAACACCGUCACUCAGGCUCUGGUCCAUCAAUCUCGCGAUGAUGCCCAUGAUUUUCUUGGACCCGGUGAACAGGUAGAGGGCCAAUGGAAUGAUGACAUAAUGUGGCCAGCAUUAGUGCCCGCGGCCGCUGCAGAAUUUUACGGAGCUGGGGCCAAGAUACCAGGCAGUCAAACCACUUGGAUAAAGUUAGCCGAGAAGACCUAUCGGGAGGCCGGCUCUCAAAUGGAUAACAAAUGUGGCGGAGGAAUCUACUGGUACCGAGACAGGAAAUCCCCGAAAGGCACCUUCAAGUCCUUAAUCACCGAACUGGAAUUCAUUGCCCUAGGUGCACGCAAUUAUCUCAUCAACAGGGAUUCAAGAACAUUGAGGCAGGCGAAAGUCGUCCUUAACUGGGUUAUAUCUUCUGGCCUUGGAAACACUCGGACCGGCGUAUUAUUUGAUGGGGUGGAUGUGAAAGAUUGCUCACACUUGAAGGGCGAACAAUGGACUUACAACUACGGUCAGCUCCUGGGCGCGCUUUCUGGGCUGCACAAAGCCACCGGCGACCAACGAUAUCUCAACAUCGCCACCCCGUUCUUCGAUUAUUCUCGGCGAACGUUUGCGGCGUCCAACACGUCUGGUAUCAUCACCGAGCCCUGCGAGCCUUCGAGAACUUGCAACCGCGAUCAACAGGGCUUCAAGGCAAUCUAUGCACGCAAUCUUGCUUACUUAUACCGUGAGACGAAUAACCAGAAAGUCAAAACCGGCAUUCGGAACAUGAUCUUGACUUCGGUUAAGGCCAUGGUAACUCGUUCUUGUGAUAAGUACUACAAUUGUGGCGGCAAUUGGACAAUGGAUACCCACCCCGUAAGAUAUGUGCGCUCUCAACAUGUCAGCACCGCUUUGCUCGUAGCAGCUGUGGGUAUUCACGAAGCCAGCGGGGCCAAAAGGACUCGACCUUUUCAUCCAUUAACUCUCAAAGUCGCCGCAAAACCUUAUUAA